AGAGCACGCCGGGGAAGCGCAGCUCCAUUAGUCGCCAUGGGAUUCUGCGCAUUGGAGUCUUCUGGUUGUCACCGGGAGGAGGAGGAAGGAGAAUGUGUCUGCUGAGCGCUGCGUAGCUGCCGGCGUGGGCUCUGCUGCUGAGACGGCCGCUCGGCUCCACCAUGCGCGGGCUGCUGUGUCUGCUCAUCCCCUGGAUCCCCUGGGCACGGGCUGAGGACAGCGCCAUGGAGGAGAUCGCCACGGAGCAGGAGGCAGAGGAGAGCCACCGGCAGGACAGCGUCAGCCUGCUGACAUUCAUCCUGCUGCUCACCCUAACCAUCCUCACCAUCUGGCUCUUCAAGCACCGCCGGGCACGCUUCCUGCACGAGACCGGCCUGGCCAUGAUAUACGGUCUUAUUGUUGGGGUGAUUUUGAGGUAUGGCAUACCUUCCACCAGCACCUAUGACAAGGCCAUCAGCUGCUCUCCAGAACAGAGGGCAUUCACCACACUCCUGGUCAACGUCAGUGGGAAGUUCUUUGAGUACACAUUAAAGGGAGAAAUUAUUCCUGAGAAGAUUCAUAAUAUGGAACAGAAUGACAUGUUGAGAAAAGUGACCUUUGACCCAGAAGUCUUCUUUAAUAUUUUGUUGCCACCUAUUAUUUUUCACGCUGGAUACAGUUUAAAAAAGGAACCUUGUUCUGGAUCCAGCGGACAUCACGCCGACGCCAGAGACACCCUGGAUGAGCGCCACUUCUUCAGAAACAUUGGCUCCAUCCUCGCCUAUGCCUUCUUUGGCACCGCAGUCUCAUGUUUUAUCAUUGGAAAUCUCAUGUAUGGAGUAGUGAAAUUAAUGAAGCUUGUUGGUCAGCUGGAUGGUAAAUUUUUCUACACAGACUGUCUCUUUUUUGGAGCCAUCAUCUCCGCGACAGACCCAGUGACAGUGCUAGCAAUAUUCAAUGACCUGCGUGCAGACGUGGAUUUGUAUGCCCUCUUGUUUGGGGAAAGUGUGCUUAAUGAUGCAGUAGCCAUUGUGUUGUCUUCGUCUAUAAUGGCAUAUCAACCGACCGGUGAGAACUCGCACACGUUUGAUGCAGCUGCCUUUUUCAAGUCUGUUGGUGUUUUCGUUGGCAUAUUUAGUGGGUCUUUUGCAAUGGGUGUUUGCACUGGCAUCUCCACAGCUCUUGUAACAAAGUUUACCAAGCUGCACUGCUUUCCCUUACUGGAGACGGCCUUGUUCUUUCUAUUGUCUUGGAGUACGUUCCUCCUGGCUGAAGCGUGUGGCUUUACAGGAGUAGUCGCUGUUCUGUUCUGUGGUAUCACACAAGCUCAUUACACGUAUAAUAAUUUAUCGCCUGAAUCAAGGACUAGAACUAAACAGCUUUUUGAGGUCCUGCACUUCCUGGCUGAAAACUUCAUAUUUUCAUACAUGGGAUUAGCGUUGUUCACGUUUCAGAAACACGUAUUUAGUCCAAUCUUUAUCGUUGGCGCUUUUAUAGCUGUAUUUGUAGGUAGAGCAGCUCAUGUAUACCCCCUAUCUUUUCUUCUGAACCUGGGCAGAAGACACAAGAUUGGCUGGAAUUUUCAGCACAUGAUGAUGUUUUCAGGCCUCCGAGGAGCUAUGGCAUUUGCACUUUCCAUACGUGACACUGCUUCAUAUGCCCAUCACAUGAUGUUCUCCACUACUCUCCUGAUUGUCUUCUUUACUGUGUGGAUAAUAGGUGGUGGAACUACGCCCAUGUUGUCUUGGCUCAAUAUCCGAGUUGGUGACCAUAACCCAUCGUCGGAGGAUGCGAACAUUAGUCAUUGGCAGUAUUUCAGGGUUGGUGUUGAUCCAGAUGAAGACCCACCUCCAACUAAUGACAGUUUUCAAGUAUUACAAGCAGACAGCGGAAUUGCAAAUGGAAGUCGCACAAAGCAAGAAAGUGCUUGGAUAUUUAGGCUUUGGUACAGCUUUGAUCACAAGUAUCUGAAGCCAAUGCUGACGCACAGCGGUCCUCCAUUAACUUCAACGUUGCCAAGCUGGUGUGGUUUGGUGGCCAAAUGUUUCACAAGUCCACAGGUCUACAAUAACGCAGAGCAGCUGAGGGAAGAUGAUACAGAUUUUAUAUUUAAUGACGGUGACCUGACGUUAACGUAUGGGGACACCACCAUUACAGCCAAUGGCUCUUCUGGCUCCCACACAGCGACAACAAGCCUCGAUGGCAGAAGAACAAAAAGCAGUUCAGAGGAGGCAUUGGAACGUGAACUUGGAGGAGACUAUGAGAUCACAAACAGGGGAACCCGACUAGUGUUUCCACUAGAAGAGAACGCGUAAUAUCAUGCGCAAGUAACACAGUGGAAGGAAAGGUGUAUGACCAUAUGUGGUACCAGAAGUAUCUCAGGCCCAGUGUGGAGGUGAAGAGUUGGGUGCAGUUCACACACUAGAAAUAUGGCCAUUUCUCUGGUACUGUCGGAGAACCUACAAGACUAUUUUAUUUCCUCAUCCAAUACGGAACCUGAGAUUCUUUAGAUGUGGCACAGAAAUCUGCAAUAUAAUUUGGCUGUGGACCUCUCCAUGCCUGCUCCUCUCCUAAAUAGCUUAAUCCCAACGAUAUACUUGUAAGGUAGAUGUGACUGCUUUAUUCCAUCAUGUUUGACUAGCAGCUUUCGUUAACGGCAAGGAGAAAUCUCUUUUGGAAAGUGCCUAUCAUUUAAAGAGCAAGUGGCAAUGUUAUGAUGACUGGAAGCGUUAACGGAUUUUUUUACAAGUCUUGUA